UGCCGACGACAGACUGAGGGAGCAGCGCAACGCUCUGGUUGUCGUGGAAUCGGACGGCCAUGUUCUGUGGAUGCCCCAAGCCAUCCUCAGAAGUUCGUGUGCCUUUGACACCCUGUACUUCCCCCUGGAUGAGCAGAUCUGCAUUCUCAAGUUCGGAUCCUGGACGUACAAUGGAUUUCAACUUGAUAUCCACUUUAAAUCAGAUCGGAAGAUGUUCGAGAUGGGAUCCUACAUCAAGAACCACGAGUGGGAGAUCAUAGAGAACUCAGGUCAUCGAAACAUCAAGAAGUACACCUGUUGCCCGGAGCCUUAUCCAGACCUGAAGUUUGUGCUGCGCCUCAGACGCCGUGUUGCCUUCUACACGCUGAUUCUCAUCAUGCCUUGUGCUUUAUUGUCACUGCUGACCAUGGUCAUCUUCUGGGUGCCUCCAGAGUCUCCUGCCAAGCUUACUCUGGGCAUGAACAUCUUUCUGGCAUUUUUCGUGUUGCUGUUACUAUUGGCUGACUCCACACCCAAGGCUGCAGUCACCAUACCGUUGAUAGGUGCAUACUUCUGUCUGAACAUGAUCAUGAUCACGAUGUCGGAAAUCCUGGCUUGUGUGGUGGCCAACAUGCAUUUCCGGGGCGUCAGGAUCAACAGGGUGCCUCAGUGUUUGAGACUGUUUAUGAUUGGGUUUAUGGCCCGAGUAUUGAGGAUACAAGACAAGAUUCUGGAGUCGGACAGUCCACCUAUUGUCAGCAGUCAUCCCAAAAAGAGGUGGACAGUCGGUCGGGUUCGGCUGCUGGACAACGGAGUGGACAAGCGAGACUGCCUGGACAGUGAAUGUCGGAGUUGUGGAGACACCAGAGGUGGACGGUAUACCCAGGCGUUCCAGUUUCCUCCGAUAGGAGACGAGUUUUUAGCGCACAGCCAGGCCAACUUGCAGAUAACAGAAGAACUGAGGUCCAUUCGGCAUUUGUUAGAGAAGGUGAGAGACAAGAAAGCAAAGACAGAGGAGAGAGAGAAAAUGGCUCGCGAGUGGAGGGUCGUUGCUAUAGUCACGGACAGAAUCAUAUUUAUUGUCUAUCUUAUUAUAAAUCUGAUGGGACUUCUCAUUAUCUUCAUCUGGCAGAUUUUCCGAGACGAGAUCAUUGUCAAAGGUUUCAAUGAUAUGUGA